GAUGUUGGUUAUGUCUCCACUAUAAACAUGACGCUUUUUGCUAAGUUAUUUUCAUAAUUAAAUCAAAAUAGUAUUAUUUAUAACAGUAUUCAAAUAUUUAUGAGAAUGGAAUCAAGAAACGGAACAACUUUUCAAGAGUAUGGUGAUACAAAUCUUGUAAAUUCAGUUAAAAAAAUCGUCUACACAAAUGUCAUUGAAACACUCGAUACAAAUGAUAGAUAUUUAAUACUGACGAAUGAAAGCGAGCAAAAUAGCGGCUAUGAAUCAGGAACAUCAGUAAUCAUAGAUCCAUCGAAUAGUAAUUCGGCAGAGCAAUCAAACUCAUUGAUUUCUCUGCAAGAUUUAUGUCGUGUAUGUGCCAACACCAACAGUCACAUGGUUCCAAUAUUCCAAGGCGAAGGAGUACAGCACGAUUUAAUAAAUAAAAUAAUCAAGUAUUUGCCAAUAAAUGUCACCGAAAAUGACACUUUGCCUCUGCAAUUGUGUUACAAUUGCGCGGCAACUUUGAUUGCUUGGCAUUCUUUGCUAGAGGGAUGUCUGGAUGCCGAACAGAAACUUUUAGGAAUUGAAAAGCAAAUACGAAUCAACGAACAGGCGGAAAAGUCUGAUGUCAAUGAAACGUCACAGGAAGCAUUAGUUGAAUCCCCAGCAUGUGUUGAAAACAAAAUAAUUGAAAAUUUAGAACAAGGAAAAGAAGGAGACCGCGAGGAACCUCAACCACCCAAUGAAGAAAGGUCUCCCAGUGGUAGCCAACGAUCGCGAAUCAAGAAGAAACGAGUUGCAAGUGGACAACGAUCUACUCAACAAAACACUCUGAUAUCAAAGUCAAUAAUAAUAAUUGAUGGAGUAAACCACUACAAGUGUUUAGAUUGCAAUAAAAUAUUAUCAACUGUCUAUAACUUUUUGACACAUCGAAAUAUUCAUUCGGAAGAUACUCCGUAUGUAUGCAAAUCAUGUGGCAAAGGUUUCAACGCUUUGUCUGGAUUGAAUAGACACAAAAAAUUAAUUCAUGGUGCUAAUAAAAAAUAUCCGUGCGGUCAGUGUGAUCGUAAAUUUUCUUCAAAAGUCACUCGCGAUGAACAUCGACGUACUCAUUUAGACGAGCGUCCGUUUGCCUGUCAACUUUGCGGGAAAGCGUUCAAGCAAAAAUCAUCUUUGUACAGUCACAGAAAAUUCCAUCAAACACUGACAGUACCGAUACACAAGUGUCCCGAUUGCGAGCGCGUUUUCCCACGUCGUCAAGAGCUAGAUAAACAUAUUUUAGUUCAUACUAAAGAAAGACCUUACUCUUGUAGUAUUUGUGGAAAAAAAUUCCGUACAAGUGGGUGCGUUAGUCGUCACAAACGUACACAUGGUACGGAAAAAAAUAACGAAUGUGAAAUUUGCGGUUCACGAUUUAGUCAAGAGCGAUAUCUAAAGAAUCACCAUCGGCAUAAACAUAAAACACCAGCAAUCACAGCAAUAUGAUGUGGAAAUAUUUAUUUUCCAGGUGUUACGCAGAAACAUCUGAUUUUUUAAUUACAGACUGGAAACGACAAAAAUGCACAGAAUAUUUAAAUUUUAUGUGACAAGUUUGGAAGACUGUCAUAAUUUAUGAUACUGAAGUUAGCAGACGUCUAAUAAUUUUUGGAUUUUUUUUUUAAACGAUAAACCAGAAGAAAAAAAAUAUUUGAAAAAAUUGGACCUGUAGUUUUUUAAAUUUUCUACAUGUGCAUAUUUUUAGUUUUUUUUUUCUUCUAAUUUAAUUGUUCAAAAAAAAAAUCAAAAAAUUUUGAAUUGUCUGCUAACUUCAGGAUCAUCAUAAUUUUAGUAAAAAAAUUUAUCAUACUGAUGAUAACAUUGUAGCUGAUGAUGUUGCUAAUUAUGAAAACCAGUCGGCGAGAUUAAUAUUCAGUCGGAACGAAAAUUAAAAAAAUUCUUGUAAUACAACAGAAGAAAAAACCAAACGUUAUUUAUAUAUAUGUGCAAGUGAUGAAAUUUUGAUAAAUAACGCAAAGACAAUAAUAAAUAACCGGAUGUUUAUAAAUGUAGUAACUGUAAGAAUAUAUUGUAUAAAAAACGAACAUUUAUUUUACCCGCUCGCGCUCAUAUCAACGAUGAAAUUAAAUUAUAAUGAUAUUGAAGUUAGCCGACGUCUAAUAAUUUUUGGAUUUUCUUUUAGACGGUUAAUUUAAAA